AUGACCGACCCACCGCCUGGGCACGGGGCGAACAACGUGCUCGACUGCUGCCUGCGGACCAAGGAGACGCCCAUCCCGCGGCGGAUCGUGCAGUACUACCGGCUCCAGCUGGUGCAGGACGGGCACGGGGCGAACAACGUGCUCGACUGCUGCCUGCGGACCAAGGAGACGCCCAUCCCGCGGCGGAUCGUGCAGUACUACCGGCUCCAGCUGGUGCAGGACGGCUGCGACAUCCCGGCUGCGGUAUUCAUCACUACAAAGGGCAAGCGCCUCUGUGCCCCACUACAAGCCCCGUGGGUGGUUCGCCUCCAAGAGAAGCUGGAUGCCUCCUCCGCCAGGAGG